AUGGCCACCCAGCGUCACUAUUACCAGCCUGCUGCCUACCCAUACCACCAUGCACCCUCCAAGGCGCCGGCGCCAGCAUCUCUCUACCCAAUUUCCAGAGUUUCUGGCUCCCCACCAGACUUCUCUGAUGCAAGCACCACUGCCGGUAGUCGUUCCUCUGGCGGGCUUACCUUCAGCUCUGCCGGCGAGUACGACUCCAGCUUUGCAUCGUACGCUGGCGUCGAUGUCGUGGAGGUCCUGAGCGACCGCAUGCAGGACGCAUUUGAUCCGACGCCAUUGGACAAGGGUUUAGCACGACAAGCGCAGACAUCUGGGCAGUUGAACGCAAAGCAGCAAGAACUCCUCGAGCUACAAGCUCUCGCGCAACGCCGACUGAAAGGCGCACGGGCGAAUUUCUCCGAAGGCCUAAAAACCGCACGAGAGACAAAGCGCGACCUGGAAUGGACGCAAAAGCGCGUCAGUGCCCUGAAGACUAAGGCUGAGAAGGCUCAUCCUGAAGAGUACCGUCGUGCUUCGAAGAAGUACGCCUAUGAUGACUACUGA